UACCACAGUCGGGCUGGAAAGAUGGCCAGCCGCGGUCCUGGGACAGCAGCGGGCAGCAGCUCCCGCGGGGAGAGCUCCAGAGACUGGGAGGAGGUGGCCAGUGCUCUGCUGGAGGACGGGUUCUUCCUGACGGCGCUGGAGCUGCACGCGGAGCUCCUGGAGUCCGGCAAAGACGUGUCCAGCCUCAGGGACUACUUUUCAAACCCUGGAAACUUCGAGACUGCGUUUCCCCAGCCGCCCACGGCUCUGCUGGGCAACGACCUGGUCAGAACAUCGAGUAUGUCGACUUUCGACUCAAUUGAAUUUGGACGAUACUCAGACGACAGUGCCAGAGAUAAUGACGACAGAGUAGCAGUGCUGGAGUUUGAACUGAGGAAAGCCCAGGAGACUAUCAAAUCUCUCAGAGGCAGUCUCACUGAGGCCACAGAGGUGCGGCCGACAAAGGAUAAGAAAAUGGCAAACCUUGUCAAGUCAGAUGAACCCAUCAAACCUCACGAGCAGCGAGCUCUCAACUUCCUGGCCCAUGAGUAUUUCAUGCAGCAGGGCGACAAACUCACGGCCAUUACCCUCACAGAGGAGAACGGAGAUCAGGAUUUCGACGACUGGGACGACGUCGGUCUCAACAUCCCGAAGCCGCCAGACCUGCUGUACCUGUUUAAGAACUACAGCACCUUCAUGUUGUCCGAUCGCGAGAAACUGGAGCGGAUAAAGAACUUGGAGGACCAACUGAGUACUGUCACUGGGCAGAACCUUGCUCUGCGGAGGGAAAACGAAUCGCUCCAUGCCAGAAUCAGACGAUCAAGCAUGGGGUCUCCCAAGGGAGAGACGGAGACCCACGCCCCCCUCCAUCGCCAGCGGAGCUCCUCCCUCACUCACAGACACCGCUCCUCUGGCACAGAGACCUCGGGCCUCCUCAGGAGACACAGCAUCAACCGAUCCUCUCCUGAAGUGGAUCUCACCGGGAAGAAGAAAUUGGAUAGGGACAAGGGUUCUCCUGGACAGCGGGCGGGAAGCCUCAGAGGAUUAUCAGUACAAGAUGACGAAGGGGCUUCCCCUCAUUCCCGUGGAGAGCUCACUCGAUCGAUGACCAGCUCGGCGAGUGCCGUGUCGACACGAUCGGACGUGACUCUUGUACACGAGGACGACACGGAGACAGUGGUUGACGAGGGUGAGAGGGGGCGGGGCUUGUCGGUGACCGAGGGAGACAGCGAACGGAGGAACCGACAGGACACGCUGACUGCUGAGAGUGGUGAGGGUGGGGAGGUGAGGGACGGUGGAGGGAAAGAGGAGGGAGAGGGAGGGGGACAAGUGAAAAACGUUGAUCAAAAUCCCUCUGUGAACGGUGGGGGAGAGAGGGAAGAGGAGGAGGAGGAGGAGAAAGAAGUGAACACGAGACACAUGUCAGUGGUGUUCAGACAGGAGCUCCUGAACACAGUCCAUCUGAAGAUUGACUCCAGGAUUGGGCUGGAGAUUGCCACACUCUCCGACUCGCGGUGCGACGUGGUUCAGCUGGUGGCCAGAUGUCUCCCUCACAUUGUGCCCAACGUCCUCCUAGCCAAGAGAGAGGAGCUGAUUCCAGUGCUACUGGGAGUGGUGGCCAGUCACCCAGACUCCAAGACAAGAGACCAACUCCUCCACAUCAUGUUCAACCUCAUCAAGAGACCUGACAGACACCAGAGACAGAUGAUAAUGAACGGGUGUGUGGAGUAUGCCAAGAUGUGUGGGUCGCUGAGAGUUGAAUCAGAGCUAUUGCCUCAGAUGUGGGAGCAGAUCACUCACAAGUACUACGAGAGGAGGCUACUGGUGGCCGAGGCUUGUGGAGUACUAGCUCCAUACACUCCUACUGAGUUGAGGGGGUCACUGGUGUUGUCGAUAUUGAGUCAGAUGUUGACGGAGGACAAGGCUGAGAGUGUGAGACAGGCAGUCUGUCGCUCCCUCGCCGUCCUGGUGGCUUUCACCGAUGACAGCGACAAGUUCAAACAGAGCUGGGAGUUGCUGCUGAAGGCUCUGCGAGACUCGUCCCAGCUGGUGGUGUCGACCACGUACUCGGUCCUCCUCCCUGCUCUGGCUGCCUGGGCCUUCGAGUUGGACACUCUGGAGUCAGACAUGCUCUCAUACUUCCUCCACCAGAUGGUCACCUGCAUCAAGCAAGUGUCCAAGAGUGGAAGUGGAGCGGUGGAACAGUCUCAUCAUCACAUCCUGACUCUGACUCACCUCGUACCGUGGCACUUUGCCAGCAUUCUCCUCACUGGUCCAUUUGAAAGUGAUCCACUGGUAAUUGUGCGAAGAAAAGGCCUAUUCCCUCACCCCAGCUCUCCAUUACUGGACAUCGAGGUCAUCGUAGGAGACAGGCAGAAAGUGGGGUCCCUAGUGUAUGCCUUCAAUACUGCAGUGUCCGCUGAAGCCUUCUCUCCAUGGCCUGCCCUCCAGUGGUUUACCAAGGAAUUCCUGGGGAAGCUGAUAAGAGCUACUGUGACGCUGAGUUUUUCCCACGUGGACCUGAUCCACAGUAUAUCUGUCCUUCUCUCCACCUACUGUACCUACCUCGGUGAGACCUUCACUCGGAAAGUGAUUCGUCCGGUGUUUGAGAAGGACCUGUCUCUCCCGAAGCAGAACGUCAGUUCAGCACUGGCCGAGGGUCAGUCUUACAUCACCUCUCCCGUCCUCACUCUCUAUGUCGCUGGUGUACUGGCUACCUUCCCUAAGGACGAUAAACUCCUACUGAGCUACUUGCGAGGAGUGAUAGUGGAGCUGGCUCUGAACUUUGCACCCUCCGACUGCCUGGUGGCCUCGCUGGAGGAACUGAAGAGAGAUCGGAGGUGGCACACCCCUCUUCUGGGGCUACUGCAGGAUCUCUCCGCCCACUCCUCUUUCCCCAGUCCGACGCUACACAGCCACCCUCCUUGGGGUGGGUGUGGCCUACCGGCUCAGGACUAUGACAUCGUUAUGAUUAAUGUUAGGAUAGAGACAAUCAGCAGUUUCGGUAUCAUCAUGCAGGCUGUCACCAGCAAAGAAAUCCUGGUUCGAGUCCAUGAGCAGUUUGAGUGGUUCCUGAGUCACGACCAGCACCGUAUGGAUCACCAGAUCCUCAUGGCUGUCCUCCAGACACUGGCCGCCAUCGGUCCCCACGCUGACCCUGUCUUCAGAGAUGAGUUCAUAAUUCCCAAGCUGCAUGUGGUGGCAGUGGAGAACAACGUGGCCUCGAACCUCACUCGGAGGAGAGACGUUGCUCUGGUCCUACUGGACUGCUACAGAAACAUCUCUGAAUGCUUCAUCUCGGUGUCACUGCUGCAGUCGGCCAUGUUGCCAGGACUUGAGAGUCUCAGGGAAGACCUGGAAGCCAGUCAGCCUGAUAAAGUGACAAAAAACCUGCUCAACUCCAUGGCAAGGCUGGACUUGAUGAGCCCAACCCCUCCCAACUUCUCUAGCCCAGAAUGGUACACUCUGCCAGAAGCAGGGAGCAUGCAGAGAGAACUCGGCUGGAAGGGAACUGUGAGGGAAUGGGUUCCUCCAUACGCCAGUCUAAGAGAUAUAGAGAGUGGCGAGUUUGCGGCGCACACGUCGAAUGUGAACUGCCUGGCGCUGAGCCCUACCAACGGGCGGACGCUGGUGACUGGAGGAGACGACAGGCGCGUCAACCUCUGGAUAGUCGGCCAACCCAACUGCCUCAUGAGUAUCUCGGGUGUCACAUCUCCUGUACAGAGUGUGUCGUUCAACUACAGUGAAAACUGGGUCGGAGCUGGCUCCAAAUCUGGAGUCAUCAAAGUCUUUGAUCUCGACGAGAAUAAGACUGUUCGCUCAAUCAGUGGUCACAAGGCAGCCAUCACCUGUCUCGACUUCCAUCGCUAUGGCGACAUACUCGGCUCAGGCUCCAUGGACACCAAUGUCAAGUUGUGGGAUGUGCGGAGGAAAGGCUGCAUAUUCACGUACAAAGGACACCAGGACCUGAUCCACAGCAUCCAGUUUAGUCCUGACGGGAAAUGGAUCGUGUCCGCCAGUGAAGAUGGCACCGCAAAGUUGUGGGACCUGAGCGCGGGAAGAAUGGUGACAGAGUUCAAGACCCACAGUGCGGGGGUGACGUCAGUCCAGUUCCACCCAAAAGAGUUCCUCCUGGUCAGCGGGGGAGGCGACCGGACGGCCAUCGUCUGGGACCUCGAGAGACUGGAGCCUCUGUCGGUGUGUGGUCCGGAGUCGAUGCCCGUCAGGAGAGUCCAGUUUGACUCUGGCGGAUCAGUGUUGCUGACUGGAGCCCAGGACUCUCUCCGGACGUACUCGUGGGAGUCGGCAAAGGCUGAGGAUAAGCUGCAAGUUCACUGGGGGAAGGUAGCUGAUAUGGCCAUCUCCGGAGAACAGCUGAUUGGGGCCUCCUUUUCCCAGGCCAUUGUCAGCCUCUGGUGCAUAGACCUCAAGAGGUUGAGACCUUUCUCGGGAGAUCCAGUCAGUCCCAUAGAGAAGGCUUCACAAGUCAUAUCCACAAGUGGCCGGCAACAGUUUGAGUAUCAGAGAGAAGAGGUUAAGAUGAAGAGACCUUUCACGCAGGCUUCAGGCUCACGGAAUGUGUGUGUAUGUAAGCCCCUGGCAGAGGAUAUGGAGGGAGAGGAGGAGGAGGGGGGAGGAGGGGGAGAGAGGGAGGCGAGAGAGGUGGACUCUCCUCCUGUGGAGAUCAAAGACGAGGAGAGAGUGGAGAUAUUUACCUCCAGACAAAGACUCAUGCGCACACCUCCCAAGAACAUGACGUUUUCUCCAUUCCACCCACCACCACCGACAUCAUCAGCUAGUAGUGGAGGUCCGGGCGGUGUAGUCCCCCACCUCCCUCCCUCCCAGUUCAACAGUGUGGUUCGAAUGGGGGACGGGGGACUGGGGGACAAGAGAAGAGGAGGAGGAGGAGGCGAAGGGAGAGGUGGUGGGGGUGGCAGUGUUGCUGGGAAAAAGAGAGACCCCAGAAGAAGAAAAGAAGGAGGUGUCCGGAAUAAUCUGAUCAAGGACUUUGCACCGAAAUCAAAGCCUCCAGUGAAACCCCAGGUACACGCCCACGCUGCUCAUCCCUUUUCUACUCCGUCACUGGAGAAGAUGCUGCAAAGAGAUAUACACACCAAUCAUGCAGACGUGUGCAGCAUUCUGGAGAGCAGACUGCAGUCUCUCAGAGAAGUCAGAUCACAGUGGUCCACCAGCAACCCCAGGGUGUCACUAGAGGCAGCUAUCAACUCUGGAAACCAGUCAGUAAUAGUUGAUCUGUUGAAUGUCCUCUUACUAAAGAGAACUGUAUGGAAUCUAGACAUGGCAAUUCUAGUACUUCCAGAGCUCAAAGUCUUGCUAAGAAGCAAGUAUGAAUGGUAUGUGAGGUGUGGGUGCGAGGUGGUAAAACUAGUGCUGAAGAGCUUCGGCCCUGUGAUUAAGACCAAUCUCGCCACACCGCCCGGGGCUGAGGGAGCCAGGGGGGGCGUGGACAUCAGCAAAGAAGAGCGGUACGAGAAAUGUCAGACGUGCUACUCUCAUCUGGUGGUGCUGAGGGAGGACAUGGAGAAGGUCGGGAAGGACUCCAGCACUGUCGCAGCAGACGCCAUACGAGACACCUCUCUACUGGACUGCUUCUCUGUCUUAGACUAAAAUGAUUGUGCAGUGGUAUAACUUGCAAGAAACCUGUUUUACAAUAAUCUCUCCAUAAUAUAUAUAGUGUAUUGUCUUGCAAUCACUGCAUGAUAGGGGAAGGCCUCCAAUCGUGAAUAUUCUAAGUGGGUGGAUAUUCUAAUUGGUUCGAUACACCCUUUCGGCAUUUCCAUGUAACCCUUCAUCUUGAAGUGCAUUGUAAAGCGAGUUCCAGGUUGGACCACCAUUCUGGUUCACAUUAUCCCUUGCCUGAAUCCAGUCAUGUAGUAUCUGAUCCUGGUACUCAGACACUGUUGGAUGGUUGUAGUUGUUCACAGUAUGGGGAGAGAGGCCUAAGCGAAGACCCACUCUUUUGGUAAUGUCUUUGUCCAGACCUUUAAGUACUUUCAGUGCAUGGAUCAAAUCAGCACCACUACAGUCCAAUUGACCGGCUGUAAAACUAUGUGGAUGAGUACUUUGUGAGCACCACAGGGAAAUUGGCAUAACUGUGUCUCCUUUUAUCUUAAUAGAGAUUCGCUCUUCUUUGGGCUCACCUUCACCUGUCCACGUUGUAAAUAGUUCAAUCUUUGGGCAAAGCUUUCCUGGUUCAUACUCAUAAACAUCAAGCAUGUCUAUAUGACUUACAAACACAGGCUCAAUGUUCCAUCCUUCUGUUGGGGGCUCAGGUAGAGACGCAGUGAUAUCUUUGGUUGUAUAGUCACAUGAAAUUGUUGUCGAGUUACAUUUUGUCGCAUUUCGAUACUCGAAUUUCACUGCAUUAACCAACCACGGUUCAUUUUUAGUUAUGACAAUAGUUGCCCCACCAUCUCUUUCAUAGAAAACAAAAAGUGCUAAUUUCAGUCGGUACCCUAAUAUACUCCAAAUAAUCCACAAACAACAGAAAUGUUUCGUUUCGAUUUCACCAUACGAUUCUUGCAAUGGAAAUUUACCAUCACAUAGAGGAUGAAAGCGAUAGGGUGGUGUGUCAUCUGCUUCAAGGAAAACUAACGAACCUUCUUUUUCUUGGAUUGCACAGUGCUGUAUCCGGACUCGAACAGGAGCUAGUAGUUCAUCACUUGCUGUUAUCAUGUAUGUUGCACUUACUGUGGGCAGAAGCCCGUACCUUCUUGGUAGGAUAGAGU